CUACUUGAGUACCACCUGCUUCCUUCUCUCUCACAUACUCUUAUCCGCCUCCUCCUGCUAUCCACACCGGAUCUCCGCUAUCCCGGAUAUCUGCGGGCCGGGGCAACGAAUAACCGUGACAAUGCAGAACGUCUUAUCCCUCGGCGUCCUCUUCCUCCUCUUCUCAGGCUGCCUCGCCGUGUCCCGCGAGCACAACAUCACCAAGAUCCUCGCCGAGCACCCGGAGUUCUCGACGUUCAACCACUACCUCACCGCCACCCACCUCGCCGGCGAGAUCAACCGCCGGAAGACCAUCACCGUUCUAGCCGUCAGCAACACCGGCAUGGCGCCCCUCCUCGCCAAGCACCUCCCCCUCUACACUCUCAAGAACGUCCUCUCCCUCCACGUCCUAGUCGACUACUUCGGCGCCAAGAAGCUCCACCAGAUUAACGGCGGCACCGCCGCCUCGUCCACCCUCUUCCAGGCCACCGGCGCCGCCUCCGGCACCGCUGGCUUCGUUAACAUCACCAACCACCGCGCUGGCCGCGUCUCCUUCGCCGCCGAGGACGUCGGCGACGCUCCCCCGGUCAACUUCGUCAAGUCCAUCAAGGAAAUCCCCUACGACCUCGCCGUCAUCCAGAUCAGCUCCGUCCUGUCCUCGCCGGAAGCCGAGGCCCCCACGCCGGCGCCCGCGCAGGUCAACCUCACCACCCUCAUGUCCAAGAAGGGCUGCAAGACCUUCGCCGAUCUACUCGUCGCCACCGGCGACGCCGAGAAGACCUUCGAGAGCAACGUCGGAGGCGGAUUGACGGUCUUCUGCCCGAUCGACCAGGCCAUGAAGGCGUUCAUGCCCAAAUUCAAGAACCUCACCGCCGACGGCAAGCUCUCGGUGCUACUCUACCACGGGAUCCCGGUCUACAACUCGAUCCAGAUGCUCAAAUCCAACAACGGCGUCGUCAAUACCCUGGCGACGGACGGGAGCACCAAGAACUAUAAUUUCACCGUCCAGAACGACGGCGAGGUGGUGACGCUGAAGACGAGGGUCACGGUGGCGACGAUCACGGGGACGCUCAUCGACGAGGACCCGCUGGCGGUGUACACCAUCGACCAGGUGCUGGAGCCGCGGGAGCUGUUCAAGCCGGAGAAGACCAAGGCCCCGGCGCCGGCGCCGGCUCCGGUGGCGGAGGCGCCGACCAAAUCGAGGAAGCGCCACCAUGCUUCGCCGCCCGCGCCGGCAGGGCCAGGGGAGGCGCCGGCGGCGGAUAAUCAGAAGGCCGCGGAUGAUGAGAGCGCCGCCGGCGCGAGGGCACGUGCCGGGCCGUGGAUCGUGGCCGCCGCGGCGGUAGGAGCGGCGGUCCUUAUGGUGGCUUAAAAUUCUCUUUUUUUUAUUCCUAGCUAUUAUUCUCUUUCUGUAUUUGAUUGGGAGGGAAUAACAGAGCGAACUGCCUCAGUUUAUUUGCUUUUUGGGGUUUUAUUUUUGGUUUAUUUGAUUCGCACUUAAAAAAAAAUCCUGUUAGUGCUUUCUUGUUCGAUGCUUGGAUUGUCCAAAACCCCAAAUUGAUGUAUCCUUUUACUUUUCCUUUUUUUUUUCUUGUUAAAGAUCUUUUGUCAUUAAGAGUGGCAGUAUUAAGGGUGAAGGAGUGCAUGGACUGUGUUCAUGUAGUGGCCUUUUUCUUUUC